AUGGGACAUGCGACGGUCUACGUUCAUCUUGAGGGAUUUAGUUUUAUUACCGAUCCAGUCUGGGCUCAGAGAGUUUCUCCUUUUUCAUUUGCUGGGCCAGUCAGGUACCGGCCGUCUCCAUGUCGGAUCGACGAGAUCCCAAAGGUAAGAGCUUUACUUUAUAGGCGCUUGAAUCGCUCAAAAGCCUAAAUAAUCAUUUUUAGCUUGAUUUCGGAGUGAUCUCGCAUAAUCAUUACGAUCACAUGGACUACCAAGCAAUCAAAGAGCUCUCCAAACAAUUCCCAGAGAUGAAAUGGUUUGUUCCAAAAGGCCUGAAAAGAAGUAUGGUCAAGCUCACCAAGAAUGAGGUGCAUGAAAUGGCAUGGUAUGUGGAGUUGUUUAUGAAGCGCUAUUUAUUUGUAGAACUUGUGAAAGAUAUCGUACCUUUUAGGGGAGAGCAAUACACGUUGAACAAAGAUGGUAAAGAGAUCCAAGUUUGGUGUGUGCCCGCUCAACAUUGGAGUACUCGAUGCAUCUUUGAUAAGAACAAGUCGCUAUGGAGUGGCUGGGCUGUAACGGGUCAGGAGAAGCGAUUCUAUUUCGCUGGAGACACUGGAUUCUGUGAAGAGGAAUUUGGGAGAAUCGGGAAGAUUUUAGGGCCUUUUGAUUUGGCCGCAAUUCCUAUAGGGGCUUAUGCCCCGAGGUAAGCUUAGUAUAAUACAAAAAAAAAACUUUAUUUUUCUUUAAGAUAUUUUAUGAAAGGCCAACACAUUGAUCCUGAAGAGGCUGUAAAAGUUCAUCAACUGGUCAAAGCUAAGCAUUCAAUUGGAAUUCAUUGGGGAACAUAUCCGAUGGGGUCGACAGAGGUAAGACGGGUGUAAUAAAAUUAAAAUAAACAUUUUUUUAUACAACAUGUCUGUUUUAGCCUUAUUUGGAACCCAAGACCAAGCUGAAGGAGGAAGUGGAGAAAGCCGGGCUGUCAGCAGAUGCCAUGAUAACUGUCGAACAUGGCUCAACAUGGACGGAAAACAUGGUCCAAGAGAUGUAA